GACGACAUCGCUGUCCAUUCGUGUGAGUUUUAAAAUAGCACGCGGUUUCCCCUUCCUGGUGGCCGCAACUAUUACGACGCGUCUUCCAUUCAUAAAUAGGGAAGCACUUGUCGUGCGGGCGGCCAUCUUGACUACGCGAUCAACGAAGCUUCUUUUAUUUUGACCACCCGGACUAUACAUUUCCUCGUAUAAUAAUCACAGCACGAACAAUUAUAAAUCUCCAAAGAAUAUUUUCCGCUCCCGAAACAUCCCCAUCGUUACACCCUAAAUCGUUUCGAAUGUUUUAGUUGUUCCGUUGACCACCGUCGUGUCAGUACGCAGUGCACAGCUGAUCAGUGGCCCCGACGGACGGUCGCCGCUCGUUCGUUCCUUGAAAUCCCCGAAAAACGACAGAAAAGUUGCUGUUAACCCGCGUCACCGUACAGUGACAGUUGAAAUUCGAAUCCUCGCCACGUGUAACAAAGUUGCGCCGUUCGGAAAGUGUCUCCGUCAAGUGUACGAAGUGUGCGUUACCGUUUCCCAUUCGUUGGACGUUUCCAAUGGUUGCCGUCCGCUCGCGCCACGCCGGACCAGCGCUAUCCAGUGGCGAGUCGCAUGUAACUGGUGUAACGAGAGAACCUGGCACCCGCAGGUAGGCCUUGCCAGGAGGAUGGGGGCCCACGAUGGGGGAGUGCCAUUGCUCUAACAUCGCUAUCAUGCAGCUGUUCCAUGAGCUGAAGCAGCAGUUCCCUGCGCUCCCUGAUCACGUCGUCUCCCAGUGCAUCGCCCAGAACAGCCACGAUCGAGAGAUAUGCGCGAGAAGCCUCCGCGCCACGCAAGAAUCACGACCGUCGCCGGGCGCUUUCCCUCCAGCCGCGGCCUGCGGCGUCCUCCAGCAGCCUCAACAGCACACCCAGCAACAGCAGCAGCAACAGCAGCAGCAACAACGAGCGAGCCCCGCCGCGCAGCAGCGUUGCUGCGCGAUGAGCCAGCCCCAACGAACCGUCGCGAGCAGCAACAACGGGAACCCGCGACCACACAGACCAGCCUCGCUGGACAUUGGAGCGUCGCGGCGCUGUCCCCUUAGCUGCACACGGGCAGCAGCGAUCUCCGCCUCGUCGCCGAUCGCUGGUAACCCGGUGACACCCUCCUCGGCGCCACCUGCCUGCACCGUCAGGGGCUUCUUCGACGAUUGCGGCGCGCUACCGACGACCACCGACGCGAACUGCAACAAUCACGUCCAGAACAACGCGGGAAACGAGCCGGCCGGGUUCGAGCUGAACGUGAACGUUGCCUGUAGCCCUGCUGGCAAUCGCGACUUCCGAACGGUGCCCACGAUCGGUGGCGCCUGUAAACGAACCGAUCUGAUCGUCGAUCCACGGGCACACUACGCGGACCCGUUGCUCAGCGUGGAGAACGUCGCCGGGCCGCAGAUCGAUCACACGCGAAGCUACACCUCCGUCAGCCUGACACUCAGGCCGCCGUCCUCGGAGCCGCAGCCGCCGAUCGACAUCAGAUCGCAGGGCUCGAGCUUGACCUACUCGAGUUCGUCCCUGGACCCGCGAGGCUUCCAGAGUCGCCUGCAGAUCAGCAUCGGCGCGGGAGCCGUUGGCAGCGUGGCGGCUGCCAGAAUCAGGCCGCCGAUGGGCCCCAGCAGGCCCAACAGCUUGAUACCGCCGGUACAAACCGGUCCUCAGAGGCCGCCAGGCCUUCCAGCAGGACCACCCAGCCAGUUGCCGCGGCCGACGACAACGAUGAGCGCCCCAACCACACCCUCGGUACCGUCUGCGACGAACAUUGUCCCUCUCAUCAGCCUUCCAACGACACCGUCAGGACCGACGACGACCUCGCCGCCCUCCAGUCCCGUUGGCGAACGGAUACAGGCCAAUUCCGAUCCGAAUCGAUCGCCGUUGAAUCAAGUGGCGGAGCACCAAAGGAAAUUGGUAGCCGAACAGUUAGCCAGGAAAGAAAGGCUCGCCAGGGAGUUGAGGGCCGAGAAAGGACGACUCGAAGCGAUGAAGAAAGAGCUGCAGUCUCUUUCGAGACCCUUCGAUUCCUCGAUGCCGCCGCAGGAGCUGAAGAGGAAAUUAAGGAGCGAAAUCUAUCAGCUGCAGGUGGAAUGCGACAGAUUGGCGGAUGAAGUGGAUCAGUGGUCAGAUCCAAGAGUGCCUUUGGGUGAAACGAAUGAAGAAUUCUAUCAAGAUAUUUAUACUGGUCAGCCGUUACCACCGAGCUCGACCAGUUUCAAUCCUCCGCCAUUGCCUAGUCAACCGCCCGCUUGGCAACCGGAUGUCACCGGAAAUAACGUUGACAGAGAAGAACGGGAUGGUCCCUCUUGGGUCUGCAGAAUGUGCACGUUCGAUAAUCAUCCGUUGAUGAACAAAUGCGAACAGUGCGACAUGCCGAGGCUGCCGGAUCAUGGAAACGCAGGUACGGCUUCCAGGAAACCGGGCGAGGAACUCGCCAGCUCGUUAACGCGCUUGGACGUCAAUCAGAAACCUCCGACACCGCCGGAGUAACAAACGUGUGCCUUAACAGCAUGUGACUUUCUUUGAACUGUUCCUACUUUUUUCUUUGUUUUGGAAGAUUGACUGACUUUUACUCCGUACUGUGAUGAAGUGCAUAACCAAAGGUGAUAAUUGAAUACUAUAAGGCUCUUUCGGAAACAAAUGUAUUGAGCGUCGCGAGAAAUACAUGCGACAUUAAUAAAACAGGAUUUAACUUGUACUUAAACGUAACGCUUGGACAAGUGUUGUUUUUUUUAAUUAAUCUUAAUAUCCUUUUGCGUGCCUUUCAAAGAAUAUGAAAUAUUCCAUUUGGCACUGAGAGGGUGGGAAAGUAACGUGUUGUAAAUUUGAGCUAAAUGGAAACGCAUGUUUUGUGUGUUAUGUGUAGUGAAUGCAUAGUAGUAACCUGUUACCGUGUGCUGUUGCUUUUUAUUGCGAAUAACGGUAAGU